AUGUUUGCCACACUAGAGCUACCAGUACGAGAUGACUGUCGACACAAGCGACUCAAAGUUGGUAGGGCAUGUGUCCCCUGUAGAAUGAAGAAGAUCAAGUGUGAUGGCAAGCAACCCUGUAUGCAGAGACAAUGCGCAUACGCCAAGAAUACGGAUGAAACAUACAUCAAGCUUGAUCCUGUCGAAAGUAGUGAUGCAUGCCUUCAAGAAGUAGCCGAGCGUGCUCAGGAACAACAACGUCGCUAUGCAACAACAUCGUUCAUGCCCACCACCACCACCACCACAAGCACUCCGACAACAAUGCCCGAUCAAGCCUUGAUGGAUGAGGAUACUGCAUUGUUUGCAUCAACAAGCAACAAUGGGAUACGACAUGGCGGUGAGCAGCAACAACAACCUCCAGCAGCAAACACACGCCCUGACAAGAUGAUUGAGCAAUUGACGGAGGAGCUUGUGAAUUUGACAUUGCAGAGUGAAGGAGGAGGGUCAUCAACAGCGGUUACAAAUCAAAAGGGUGAUGGAUCCGAUAUCAAUGGGACAUCCACAGUAGUGAAAAGUGAUCAAGUGACACCAUGGCAACAUUAUGGAUCAUUAGUGCGUUGGUCUCCCGAGCCGAGUUUACCAUCCAGCUACUGUAUAUCGAUUGACAUGCCAACGCGUGAUAUCCAGGAACGAUUGCUGCACAUUUUCUUCACUCAUUGUCAUCCUGCCAUACUACCAACAUUUUCACGUCGCAUGUUUUUUGAUCAAUUACAUGUCAAGGGUCCACUGAUCACCCCCUUGUUGCUCAAUGUCAUGUACGCUUAUGCCGCCAAACAUCUCUCGGAUACAUCAACAACAAUACCCAAUUCACGCCUUCAAGCAGAUGCAUUCUUUUCACGAGCUCGUCAAUUGGUGGAUGAUUUCUUGGAUGUACCUCGUGUCAGCACAGUCAUUGCACUCCUAUACAUGACAACUUUUGAAGGUACAAGUGGAACUCGUUGGUCGCAUACACGAGCUUGGAUGUAUUGUGGGAUGGCAGUGCGCAUGUGCUUGGAUCUUGGAUUACACACGACACAUUACAGCAGCCAAAUGUCAUUGUUCGAUAUCGAGUUACGUAAACGAGUACUAUGGACAUGCUAUGUGAUGGAUAAAUGGGCAAGUGGAAUGGCUGAGCGACCAUGGAUGUUGCGUGCACAGGAUUUGGUGCUUGAGUUUCCAGCUCCAAUGCCAGAGGAUGAUCCACAAGAGGUUACAGUACUCAACAGCUUUAUUGCACUUUGCCGGUUAUCAAUGUUGACUGAGAAGGUGGCCGAAUUCUUUUCUGACACUGCACGACACAGCGAAUGGACGAUGCAAGAUGAGGCUGAGAUAUUACAUUUUCUUGGUGAACUCGAUCGAUGGCGUGAGGAGACGACUCAAUCAUCAUCUUCUUCUCCCUUGUCGCUUGUUCAUUUGCUUGGAUACGAUUUGGAACUAUCACUCGUCUUGUGUUGUCGAUAUCAGCCUGCUUUUACAGAAAGACGCCGAUCAUUAACACACACUGUGACACAGCUCGUGUCGCUCAUUCUACAACAACAACCCAAAAUGUCAACACUCGUUCCAUUUUCAUUAUUGGCAUUUUCCGCUUUAUUUGCAGCUUUGGCCCACGCCACUGAUCCAGCCCUUCGUGUAGCAAGCGAUAUCCAAUUUCAGUUUCAAUCUUGUUUACACCAUGUGCGUAGGCUCCUUGCCAACAGCACGACCUCCAUCACUGGUCAUGAUAGCUAUUCCGGCACGAACAUUCGCAAUGAUCUUGUGCGUUUAAUCGAUAUUACUUUACGUACGCCGACAUCCAAUAUUGGAUCAACAAGUAGUAGUAGUACUACUAGUAAUAGCCAUGCCACAACCACCAUUGCAUCUCUCCUGACAUCCUCCUCACCUUCCUUAUCUCCUGUACCACAAGCAGCAUCCACGUCAUCGUCAAGAUCCUUUGAGUCGUCAAGAGCAGCCAGGGCAGCAGCUGCAGCUAUCGGUGCUGUUGGCACACCAGCCUUUGGAUCCUAUCGUAUGAUGGAUGAGCCUGCCGAUUAUACAUUCGAAUUGAUUUCAGUGGCAGAUGAAUGGGCUCGAUCGGUCGUAUAUCCUCCUCCUCCACCCACUACAUCAUCAUCAUCACUUCAUCAACAACAACAGCAAUAA